AGUAAAUGAAUCAAACGAUUAGUUAAGAAUGUUCAGUUAUUGUUUUAUAGUGUGGAAAGCUUUAUUAAUACUUUGUUAUGACAGAAUCAAAUUGAAUAACCUUAGUUCUAAAAAACAAGUAGAUGCUUCUAAUCGAAUUGUAUCAAUAUUGCAUGGACAAUUUACUUUUUUGGGGAUCAUUAAUUAUUAUACUUCAACAGACUCCUUACUAAUUAUAGGAAAUGAAUUCUAUAGAGAUGCAAUUCAUUAUGAUAGUUAGUGCAGGUUAUUUUGCAUACGACGUCAUAAUCUGUACUUAUUUUGAUUUGUAUGACUAUUGGUUGAUAUUUCAUCAUAUCAUUAGUUUAAUGGCAGUUGGAGAAAGCAUUCUCAAUUAAAAAUAUGGACAUAUUAUUAUAUGUAAUAACUUUACACAUUAACUUUAUAGUUGGUAUGUUUAUAUCAGAAAUAUCUAAUUUACCAAUGCAUCUUAGGUACAUUCUAGGUUGUUUUGGAUUAAGAUAAACAAAAAUCUAUGAAUCAAUUGAACUACUUUAUUUCUUACUAUUCUUAAUAUUUAGAGGUAUCCUUAGUCCAGUUUUAUUAAUAAGAACUUAUUAAGAACUUCAUGCUCCCUUAUUAAUUAAAAAAUCUGCUUCAGGAUUAUUAUUAUAUUCAGCUUAUUAUAUCAUAGAGUAGUUCUUUAUUCUUUUUAUUAUUUAGAAUGUUCAAAAUCACCUAAAGAAAGAUCAAAUUUUAUAAAGAAAGAAAAAGAAGAAAUUUAAUCAUGUUUUGGUUUGUUCAAAAUCCUCUACUACCUUAAUAAAAAUACAUAGAUUCCAUAUUAUGA